CCCCAUUUAUGUGGGGGCAAAGGUAUCAAAAUCAAUGGGAAUUCAUAAAAUAAACGUGAAAAAGCAAUCAAAACUAGCAAAAGAAAAAGAAAGGGGGAAAACAAACAAGUCAUUCAUUAACAUUAAAGUUGAGCUAAUAUAAAAAGACAGAUAAUAAAGAGAGCAAAAGCCAAAAGCAGCAGGCCAUAUCCUUUACUUGAAGCCAUUACCACAGCAUAAAUAACACUCAGUUUCACACUAAUCUCUCAUUAUCUUCUCCAAACAAUUAAGUAUUUCUUACAUAGAGGUAGAGCUAUGGUUCCUCACUUUCGUACUUUUGUAGCAAUGCUAACCUUAACAACACUAUCUCAAAUUUCACUUUCCUCUGCAAAUCCAGCUGAUUUUUAUGAGAUCUCGCGAGAAUAUGAUUCGUCUAACAAAGUCACUGUGUCUCUGUACUACGAGGCCCUGUGCCCUUACUGUGCGGACUUCAUCGUCAACCAUCUGGUUAAGAUGUUUCAGACAGAUCUAAUCAACAUUGUCAAUUUUAGGUUUGUUCCUUGGGGCAACACUCAGAUCCUCGCCAACGGCACCUGGGUUUGUCAGCAUGGUGAUGACGAGUGUCUAUUGGAUGUUAUUGAAGCCUGCGCCACAAAGGCUUGGCCUAAUGUGAAGGACCAUUUCAAGUUCAUUCACUGUAUAGAACGACUGCAUUUGAUGAACAAGCACACAGAGUGGAGAUCUUGUUUCAGUACCACUCAUUUCGAUCCAAAGCCACUCGAUAAUUGCUAUAAUAGUGACUUUGCUCGUCAGCUGGAGCAAUCAUUUGCAUCUGAAACCGAGUAUCUUUUUCCCACGCUUCAAUUUGUGCCAUGGCUAGUCGUGAAUGGAUAUCCUGUUCAAGAAGAUUACCAAAAUUUUGUUCACUACAUUUGUGAAGCUUACAAAGGACCCAAUACUCCGAAAGCCUGCAAAUCAAGAUCGUUUGAACACGAUUCAUCUCGAGCUGGGAUUUCUACGCCUAAACUUGACCAUCAUUAGGAAGUUGAUUUGACAGUACAGUACCUCUGCAUUAGUAACAAAAAAACAAAUCAGGGGAAACAAGUUCAGAAGGCUCCGGAAGUUUCUAUUAUGCAAUAAACUUUGAAAUAAAUUUAGUUCCUAUUUGUCCCUGAUCUGUAAUAUGAGUGACAUUUAUUAAACUUUAAUUUAUAACUAUUGAUUUCAUCCGAUUGGUUGAGUCGUUUGGCAAUGCAUUUUGUUUAUUGGCUAUGUCGAUGAAUAGGAAGAAUGUUUUGAACAAAGCACAAUUGGUAAGGGGUUUAUAAUCUUACCGUUGAUGAUCCUGUGAACAAAAACAAGAAUGUAUAUAUGUAUGUUAGCUAUAGGCUAUGUGGUUAAAUAAGUGUUAGAAUAGUAGGACAACUGUUUAAAUA